AUCCUCUCUUCCCUUUUGGACCUUUUGAAUAUUGAGUGAAGCUCUAGAUUAUCCAGAUUGUUUCAGUAGAAAAAAUAGCGAUCUCGAUUGUGGGAAUAGAAAAGAAGGAGGAUAGAUCUAGGACUCUUGGUUCUUCUAUGCAUAGAAAUUGCAGUCGAGGAGUCUGAGAAGAAAUAGGAGAAGAAAAGUCGGAGUUUGAGAGAGAAAAGAGGAAGACAGAGAGUGAGAAAAUAUAAAUGAAUCGUGUGUUUAUGAGAAAGUGGGGAUAGGAUUUAUUAUUAUUUCGGUGGAAACUAAAAAGAAAGAGGGAAAGGUGAGUGAUAAUAGAAUUUAUGUAUUCAUCAUUGUUAUAUAUUUAAAAAUAUAGUUUUAGGUAUUAUUUAUUUUAUUAGAAAUAUUAUAUUAAAAUUUAAAGAUUAUGUUAUUGUUACCGCAAAUCUCUAAACGGUUUUAUGUUUAUUAUAUUAUAAUACUUAUUUUACUUUUUUUAUAGGUCACCGGUUUUCUUAACGGGGUUUUCCUGUUAAUCUCGGUUAGUCGAUAAACCGUAAACCUCUUUCUAAUCCGGAUAGACUACCGGUCCGGUUCUGACAACACUGCAAUUUUGGGUCAUAUAUAGGUGGAAAGAAGAUAGGCUUGGCAAUGGGUCUGCGGACUUUGGAUAUCCGUCGGGGCUCGCCCGCAAGUAUUGGGCUUAAACCCGCGAGGCCGGUGAGAUUCGCGGUGGCCGGUAUACUCGCGACCCGUCGUGCGCGGUGAUGGGUUGGGCAUGGAUUCUGGGAUCCCCGGCCCGUAUUCGCCCCGAUAGCAAACGACGUCGUUUGCUGCGCAUAUAAAACGCUUCAUUUUUGGGGUUAAGGUUUGUGGACAGUCCAUUUUCAUCAGACGCCGCCCUUGUUCCCCCGAUUUCCUCUCAACCCAUCCGAGGCGAAUCGCCGAUUUCCUCCCCAAAUCCCAUCGAUUCUGCCGAUUUCUCCUUCUUUCUCGACUAUUCUCCCUCGCAAAUCGACGAUCCCAUCAUCAAUAACACUACAUCUUACAAAUCAACCCUCCAAACUCCGAAAAUGUCUUAAUCGACAGAAAUCUUCUCUGAAUCGUGCAUGUAAUGGAUUUCUUUCCCAGAUCGAGAUAAGUAUUUAGUUCUUAAUUACCUAAAUCCAAUUUUGCAUAUAGCCGUAUAAAUAGGUGACUAACUUCGUCAUUUUGUUCAUAUGCAGUUCAUCGAACCCACAAUCCAGAAAUCCUAGCCUUCCAGAUUCCGGAACCCCACUUUGCUGCGUUCUCAGUAAGUUUGUUAGACAUUAGUUAGUUUCAUUAAUUGAUGUUGGUGCAUGCUUAGUUCGACAAAAUCAAUAAAUCCCUAAUCAUCCAAAUUUCAUCUUUUGUUUUUGUAGCUUGCUAUUCGGGAGUCGCAUUUCGCAACUCGUUCUUCAACUGCUUUCUGCUGAGGUAAAUCGCCAAUCCUUGUUUGAUGGUUCUUGGUUGUUGAUGUUUGUUCUUGGUGUGUAAUAUUAUUACCCUAGUUUAGUAAUUGUAGACUAAUCACCUUUGAAGUAACCAUCGUAUACUACUGAUCAAUUUGAUUAUGUUCCAUUAAAACUAAGAACUGAAUGUGUCUGCUAAAUGUUAAUGGUUAGUGUGAUUUUGUUCUUGGAAAAUGCCACAGAUGUAAGUAGUUUAUGUAAUGGUUAAAGGUAAUGGUCAAUGUGAUUCUAUUGUAGCUAAGUUCAACAUGCCUUAAUGUUAAUGUUCACUUUGUUUCCGCUAAUUCAUAAAACUGUAUAAACUAUAGAUUAUCUAAUGAACCCAAAUCUAAACUCUAGAUCAUCUAAUGAACCCAAAUCACAACUAAUGAUCACUUUGUUGUAAGUUAGUAAGUAGUCUAUGUAAUGGUUUAACCAUUAUCUUGUGUAAUGCUUAUCGAAUCCAGUUUGUGAGAGGAUUCAAUCAUCAUUACAUAAUAGACUUGGUUAAUCCUAAAACUAUAUAAACUAUAAAUUAUCUAAUGCACCCAAAUCCCAACUAACACUUGGUUAUUCUUCUUGAAUCGAAUUGUUUAACCAUGAUCUUCUGAAAUGCUGAUUGAAUCCAGAUUGUGAGAGGAUCCAAUCAACAUUACAGAAUAGACUUUGGUUAAUCAUUCCCCUUUCUAUCUAAUCUCUAAUGGUCUAAUCAUUGAAUUCUGAUUCAUUAGAACAACAUUGGAAUUCUUUUUGAAACGUUUCUGUUAUUUCUGUUUCUUACCCAGAUGGAAUCUGAACAAGUUGAGAAUGCACCAAUUCAGAAUAACAAUGGAACCCAACCUGGUAAUUCUGAAAACCUUCCUGAAGAUGUUCCCCAAAAUCCCUUAGGUGCUAGUAGGGGCUUAAAGUCUAAUGUGUGGCCUCACUUCACCCGACUGUUAAUUAAUGGGGUUUUGAAAGCAAAAUGCAACUAUUGUAAGAAGAUUUUGGCUGGAAAAUUGAGUAAUGGUACUUCACAUCUUAGGACUCAUAGGAACCGUUGUGUUCAUAAAAAAAAAUCAUGAUGAUAGUCAAAAGGUCUUUGGGGCUGACUAUAGUGCCAAGGGAACAGCUGAUAUGAGUACGAAUCAGUUUAGUAGUGAGGUGUCUAGAAAGGAGCUCUGCACCAUGAUCUUGGUGCAUGCGUAUCCCCUUUCUAUUAUUGACCACCUUUAUUUCAAAAGGUUUUGUUGCACCUUGAACCCUCUCUUCAAAUUUCCAACCCGAAAUACCAUAAAGAAGGAUAUAGUUACUAUUUAUGCUUUAGAUAGGUCUAAGAUUCAAAAGGUCAUUGAUGAAAACCGAGGUCGUAUAGCUGUCACAACUGACAUGUGGACUGCCACAAACCAAAAAAGGUCUUACAUGGCUGUCACUGCCCAUUAUAUAGACAACUUUUGGAAGUUGUGAAACCAUCUGCUUAUGUUUGGAUAUUUCCCUGCCCCCACACUAGUGAGAGGUUGGCUGCAAAGCUAGCUCAAUGCCUCCGAUCUUGGAACAUUGAUAGUACAUUGUCAACUAUUAUUCUUGACAAUUGUACUACCAAUGAUUCCAUGAUAAAUCUAAUUAAACAAAGGCUAGUGUUAUCGAAUCUAAUUAGGGAUGACACACUUCUUCAUAUGAGGUGCUCUGCUCACAUCCUUAAUCUGAUUGUGAGGGAUGAACUUGAUGUAUUGAAAGAUGGUACUGAGAAAAUAAGGGAGAGUGUGGUCUUUUGGACAUGCACACCCAGGAGAGUGGAGUUUUUCCAUGCAAUUGCCCAACAACUCAAAUUAUUUGUUUCUAAGAAGUUGGUAUUGGAUUGUCCCACUCGUUGGAACUCCACCUGCGAGAUGCUUUCUGGUGCUAUCCCGUAUAAGGAAGUGUUCUCUAUACUGAAAAUAAGAGAGCCUCAAUAUAAUUCUAUACCUACCAACGAGCAGUGAGACUUUGUUGUUGUUUUGGUUGACAAGCUUGAUGUUUUCAAGGACAUCACUUUAGUUUUUUCUGGUUCAAACUACCCAACAACGAAUCAGUUUUUUGCUAAAGUAUGUGAUUUGAGGUUAAAGUUGGUGGAAUGGUUAGGUGAUCCUAAUCCGAUGAUUGUUUCUAUGGCUGAGAAUAUGUGGAAUAAGUUUGUGAAGUAUUGGGAUGACAUUCAUUUACUGUUGGCUGUUGUAUUGGAUCCGCGGUAUAAAUUGGAACUACUUUAUUACUAUGCUGGAAAAUUCGGUAUCACUAAUACUGAUCUAGUGAGUGAAAGGGUCAGAUAAGUUAUGGUCGAAUUGGUUGUUUAGUAUCAAAGAAAAGCCACAAAAAACACUGCUGCCUCUUCUUCUGUUCAUUCUUCUUCUUAUGCUACAGAUCUGGAUUUUGAUAUGUAUGUUAGCGAAAGAAAGAAAACCAAAAUUUCUGCAGUAACCACCGAGUUAGAUCAUUAUCUAGCUGUGGAUGUUCAUCCUAGAACACCAGAUUUUGAUGUGUUGGGUUGGUGGAAAUUCAACGGUGCCAAGUAUCCCAUUUUGCAAGACAUUGCAAGGGACUUACUUGUUGUACCUGUUACUAGUGUGGCAUCUGAAUCUGCCUUCAGUUCUGGUGGGAGGCUUCUUGAUCCCCAUCGGAGCAGACUUGAUCCUGCAACAGUAGAAGCUAUGAUGAUAUUAAGGAUUUGGAUUUCAGGAUGAUAGCAAAGGUGACUUUUUUUAUUUCAAUUAUGAAUUAUGUUUACUUUGCUAUUGUUUCAUUUCCUUGCUAAUUAAACUGUUUACUUGAAUCUUGCUAUUUCUCCUAGUGUCCGCUGUUGAACUGAAAGCAUUGGAGAGAGUUUUCUCUGCUAUGGCAAUGGAUGAUGCCACGGUGGAAGAGAGCACAUGUAACUGACUUCUCUUGUUGUAAUUUGUUUAUUCAGUUCGCCUUGGAAUUUUACGAAACAGACUGUUAUGUAUUAGAUAGAGCUGGAAUGUAAAAGGAGCUGGAAGGAGAUGAAGACGAGGUUGCUGCAGUCAACCUGCUCGACUAGCUAUUGGUGUGUGUUCUGUUUCUUUUUUUACUGCUAAAGCCUUGCUACUGCUGGAAUUUUACUAAAGCCUUGCAGAACCUAGUAAUCUGAAUUUGUAAAUGUUGCCUUGCUACUGCUGGAAUUUUACUAAAGCCUUACAGAACAUAGUAAUCUGAAGUUGUAAAUGUUGUUGGAUUUCAGAAAAUCUUAAUCUCAUUGAAAGAAGAUGCAAGGAUGAGAAAGAGAGACUUAGGAGUGAAGAUUCAACACUGAUUGCUGCUGUUUAGAAUGGCUUCUAUUUUAGUUUUCUGUGUUACAUUGUUGCAGACUUGCAGUGAUAUUUCCGAAGUUUGUUAGCUGGGAUUUUGCUACACUAUGUUGGUUUCAGUGCUGGGUUUCAGUUCUAGAUUUUGCUACACUAUGUGUGGGUUUCAGUUAUGGAUUUUGCUACACUAUUUUGCAGACUUGCAGUGACUUCGUUUUCAGUAAUUUAAAUCAUUAUUAAUCAUGCUUGAGGAACUUGGUUGACAUGUUGAGUGAUUUUUUGUAGGCAUGUCACGGGUAACCAAUGGCCCGCGGGUUCACCGAAACCCGCUUGAUAAUGGGCUUGGUCCAUUUUUUUGCCCAUGAAGCCUAACGGGCCGGAUGUGGGUUUUACCCGCGGACAUAAAGGCCGGGCGAUGGAUAUGGGGUACCCGCCCCGUAUCCGACCCAUUGCCAUGCCUAAAAGAAGAGCAACAUUGGAGUGGAAGCUGGAAGAACAACAUCGAGGUGGAACGAAGAUCAACACUGUGUGAGCGUUCGUUGCAAAACUAAUGUCGAUUACAGUCCACCACGUUACAUUUGUAACAGAGCAAUAGGCUUCUGUGUCUGCACAGCAAAAGCACUGGAUGCACACUUCCUCGCUUCAUUGCACACGAGGCUCGAAAAUGGGAAUUGAAAAUAUGAAAUCUUUAUGAAUAAAAUUUUUUUGGGGUCAAUUUGCACAGUAUUGUUAUGUUAGAUGAUCUCUUCUUGUCCACCAAUUUGUCAUCAAUUUAUAUUAAUGUCUUUCCUUGACCAAAAAAUGCUCUCAUAUCGAUGGUUGGUUUCUAGUCAAUCGUCAUUCUUUUCUCUUAAAUUGUAUUAGGAAGUAGGUAUUUUAAAAGAUUUCUGGUUUGUCGAAGUAUACAGAAGCUUUUGACUUAAGUAGGCGAUGGAAAACUCUUAUCAUGCUAGUAGAAAGGCGAAUGCAGCAGAGCACAUUAUGGCGCACAUGAUGAGACGAGGUGAGUUGUAGCGGAUGUAUGGUUUGAUAGGCCUUCCCCGAAUAUGAUUGAUCAGCUUGUGACCGAUAACAGAUUCCAAUUUUGAUGAUUAAGCAUUAAUUUUUAGUUGAAAUUUACCAAAAGGUCCUUCUAAUAUUUCUAAGAAGUCAGAACGUUGGGAUUUUGUAAUGAAGUGUGUUUAAAUGA